CAUUAUGUGACAGAGAGGUUAUAUUUCAUCAACUUCACCGUGUACAGACAAAGUGCUAACAGUUGACUACACAGAAAAGCUUCUUCUAUUGCGUGUCAAUAUUAACAACAAUAUUUUGAUAUCAGCCAAAGCGUUCGGGCAGUGAAAUAUAGUCUGUUUAUACAACCAUAUUCCGACAUGAACAACAGACUACAGUACAGACACACAUUACAAUUCAAAGUUCAAACACUGUAUAGUCUUUGACAAAGCGUAUAUUGGUUGGUGGAGGCAACGCUUUGUACUUUCAUUAAUUACUGCUACAGCUAAAUUUAAUAAUUUUGUCUGAAACUUUGUUUGGAUGUUUGGUUUGAAAGCACACUUUCCAUUGUAACGCGUAUUUUAAAAUCUUCAUUUGAGCAUGUAUCUUUGUUUCUGGCGAAGUUCGAUAUCUGUCGAAUGAGUAUUGCAAAGGUGUAUAUUUUAUAGGUCGUUGUUGUUUUACAGACGGAACGCGUGUUUAUAUUUAGUAGUCACGGAAAUGAAUGACUUGUGUUGUGUUUGAAUUGUUACAAUUGUAGACGCAUUGGCGUGAAGCUUGUCAGGACGUUGGAAUGUGAUUCGUAUUCAAUUUUGGAGGAUAGUUCUAUGUGCUUUGAGCUACGCUAGUAACUGGUUACUAACUGCUGUUGAGCAGGAUGAUGAAGUGUAUGCUUAUGUAAAUGUGCAACGUUUUUACAGAAGUGUAUUCCAACUAUAAAACUAACGACAAUGCAACCGGUGAGUCACAUUGUGGCCGUGCGAAUUGUGCCCCUCUGCUGGACCUCGUGUAGACAUACCUUCUGCUAUAAUAUAUGGGGCUUAAAAGCGCAUAACCAAGCUGAAUCGCAGCGACGAGCGGAUAUUAUCCGUAACUCUUCAUCAAAAUUUUUACAUACAGCGAGUGCUGAGGCCAAGAUUAGUUUGUCAGAUGACAGCAAAGCAACACUUCGAAAACUUGUGGAGGACGUUGGUAUCGAUGAAGAAACAGUUAAUAAAGCCUUUCGUAAGGAACCGAGAUUGCUUGAUGUACACCCCUCAAUUUGGGAAAAUAGUUUGAAGGCAUUACGAGCUUGUGGUUUUUCUGGAAAGGAGUGCCUAAGCAUGUUCAUAGCAUCACCUUCGUUAUUGAAAACUAAGCCCGAUGCUCUAUUAUCGGGCAUGAAAAACUGGCAAAGCACUGUCCUUGGCGAACAGAAACUGAUUUCAUUGCUCACGUUAUAUCCGCAGCUGUUAUUCGUCGAACGCCACGAAAUUUAUAGAAGAUUUCCUGUUUUGAAAACACUGUCAUCACAGGACAAUGUUGUAGAACUCCUGAGACGUUAUCCAGACUACAUGUUCGUAGACUGGAAUGACUUCUUGGCUAAAGUGAAUUACGUGGAAGAAGAGAUGAAAAUAAACAGAAUUCAAAUAUCAAAGUGUGAUCUAUUGAGUUGUUCACUACUUGAAUUAAGGACUAGACAUAUCUUCUUAGAACGUACUGGUAACUACAUUCCUCCAAAUCCUAAAACGGCAGAACAUUUGCCAAACAAAAAUCCGAGUUUGAGGCAAAUAAUAGAUAGUGAUGAUAUCCAUUUUGCAACAAAACUUGCAGGGGUGACGGUAGAAGAAUUCGAGGUUUUCCGGGAACUAUAUAAAGAAGAACUUAAUCAAACUGUUUAUGAUUACUCUGAUUCCGACUGAAUUUGCCCAUGGUUGUGGCAAAAUAGCUAAUAAAUAAAUAUUUUAUGCUCCUUA